AUGGACCAAACCGCCCAAGGUGCUAGCCAGCAGCAGGGCAGACAGCAACCUGUCUAUGAUACUAGAAACGGUGGACACUAUGGUGCCAGCGCAGCGCUUUCUGCACAGGGAUAUGCGCCUGUAGCUGAGCUUUAUACGGGUACUUGGGCGAAUGUCAACCAAGGCUUGCAAGGCACGGCUCGUGAUAUUCUGACAACGUAUUGGCAGCAUAUCAUCAACCAUCUCGAAUCAGACAACCAUGAUUAUAAAAUCCAUCAAUUGCCAUUAGCGCGUAUCAAGAAGGUCAUGAAAGCUGAUCCAGAGGUGAAAAUGAUUUCAGCCGAGGCACCAAUCCUCUUUGCUAAAGGUUGUGAUAUUUUCAUUACCGAGCUGACUAUGCGAGCUUGGAUACACGCCGAGGACAACAAGCGGCGCACUCUGCAGAGAUCAGAUAUUGCUGCAGCUCUCUCAAAAUCUGACAUGUUCGAUUUUCUCAUUGACAUAGUUCCCCGUGAGGAGGCCACGUCGCACGCAAAGCGAUCGAGUCAGGCAGCAGGUGCACCAACUGGGGCUCCUGGGCCUGCAGGCGCUGCAGGACAACUUCCACCAUCUCAACACGGAGUGCAGCACCCCUCACAUCACAUGGCACCACCCGACUACAGCUUGGGUCAACAUGGUCUUCAAGACCAAGAAUAUCGUCAACCAGCUAUGUAUGCGGGACCUGUGCAAUCAGAUCCAACUGCAGCAUAUGGUCAGCCGCAAUCUCAAAUGUUCGAAGGAAUGUAUGCCGCUUACCCGCACUUACCGCCGCAGCAGGUAUGUCCAAGACCAUCUCAUAUUCACAUUUCUGUGGGAUAA